CCCAGGGAUCAGUGCGUGGAUCGCAGUCAACUCGGGGGGGUGAGAAGGGAUUAUGUAUCGUUGGGUUAGUUCGUUCUUCGUACCUGGCAAUUCGUAUUUCGUGUUUCGUUGCGCGUAAGGCUCGUGCGAUCCUCGAGCGAUGCACAUCGUAAUGGCCGCGACCUGACUUGGGUAGCGUGCAUGCGAACUACCGUGUUCGCGUUACGUGAAGCAGACGAACGAGAAAGGAGACGGAGUAAGACGAAAACGAGGAACGUAAAGAUACGACAGAGUUUAGAGUUACGCGUUUUCGGUGUUGCCGUGAGUGCGUGUGGUGGGCGAGGCGUGAUCGCAAAACGGGAGUCUCGAGGACGAAGAGCCAUGAGUGAGGAUCGAAGUGAAGAAGAUCCUAUAAUGGAUCUUUGGUACAGCAACUGGGAACAACAAUGCGUCGAGGCAUUGGAGGCAGAGCCGGAUUACGAAACUCAACUGCACAACGAAAAAGAACUCUAUUCCCAGCAGAUGUGGACAAGUUUUCAAACGACGGCGUCGGCCAUCGCCCAGCUGUACAAAGAUCGUACACAGGGUGUCUCUCUAUGGUUACCCUUCCAGACCGCCGCGGGUACCGUCACGUCGUUGUAUAAAGAUUCAGUGGACAGCAUGCGUCGUUGCAGUGAGUUAGGUGUAGAAAUGGGUCGUCAAAAACGUAGUAAAGAAAUAAUGAAUUGGGCUAGGAAAAAAAGGCGUAUGAUCCGUAGGGAAGACCUUUUAGCGUAUCUUGCUGGGAAACCACCACCUCCUCGGCCACAUUCUCAUAGGAGUUCGCCCAAACCAAGAAUGAUGGUGUGUGGUUCGCCGCCGUCACAAAGUUCAACACCAAGUAUGGUUGUUGCGCCAACACCAACAGCUGUAAAUGAUCCUGAUCCUGAAUUACACACAUUUAGGGAAGCAAUCGCAUUAUCUGGGAACGUUGCCUGCCAGCACGACCAUUGCUGGUAAAAAUUGGCGUUGUUCUGGAAACGCGGAGGACAAAAUUGUCCCCUCAGCACCGCAUCCUGUCAUACGAGCGGAACAAAGUUCCGGAAGGAUAGGAGGCCUUAUAUCAAGUUUCCAUCGUAUGUUGACCACACUGAAGCCAACCGAGCGACAUCUGAUCUUGUGCACAAUAGGGCACGUGCGGUCUUUCAGCUUUUAUAUCGUUCUUUACAGACCAUUGGUGAUCACGCAAGGUGUUACACAAGGCAUGUAUUCAACAACUUAAUGCAUUUGCAGCGGAUAAACAAAGAGCUCGACGAAGCAGAUUGCAGAUCUUGCGGCGUACUCGAUUGAGCAUAGGAAAACUUCGUUGACUCGAGCAUUUAGUUCUUAAUGUUUGAAAAAGAACUUGUCAAAUAUUCUUCGUCGUAUUGGAUCAUAAUUAAUAAGGGAAUUUUAAUGAAAUUAAGAGGAACAUUAUUCUAGGAAAAAGAAUUUUAUUUUGCCACAUGAAUUUUGUUUAUUUUUUCUACUGUCAUUCAAUAAGUCUUCAACUGAGAGUAUUUGCAAUUUGAUAAUUACCUUUUCUGCUUCUAUGAAUUUUUAACUCGACCUACAAUAUCGUGUAGACUCGCGAUGAAAAUUUUAAACUGAACUUGAGAAAUUUAAGUGUCAUUUAUUUUCUUUAAAUAUAAAUUAUAUAUUACUUUUUCUAUUAUCAAUCUAUUCUAUCACUAAUUAACGUUUGGAGUAAACAUAAACAUAGAACAAGCAUCAAAGUUCUUUCUUUUCCUAAUAAUCAUAGUUCACAAAUAAAUCGUAGUGCAAGAGGCUAAUAAAAUCUAUUGAACGAGUUCAAUUAAGUUAAUGAAAAGGAUUACAGUAUUGUUUCAAGCUGUCUAAGUGUUAAUAGAUAAAGUGUCGAGUAUUUACUAUUUGUCCAGCUCUGAUAGAGAACGUCGAUAUUCUAAAAUGCGUGAAACGUGACUGUCUGAGCAGUAAUUCCUCGUUCCCCUAUAUACCCUUCCGUUCUGUCCCCCUCCCGAUGUUUUGUUCCGUUCGUAUUCGAUUGUUUCUCAUCGGUGCUCACUUGGCCGCAAUUUCCGCCCGUGGGGUCGAUAGAUGCCAGAUUAUAACCUUUGUUUCCGGUUUCGCACAUCUGUCAUCGUACAAUACGAAACUCUCUCGCGUCCGUGCGUGCAUCGCUAAGCGCGUUAUUGGAGAAAGAACAUAAUGGCCGCGUGUAAAAUGGAUUAUGAGCAGUCGCUUCGCAUUUAAAAUAAUCAUCGUUCCGUCGUCGCGUCGGAUGCAUAUAUUAUUCUGUCCUUUUUCCGACGUUCGUGAAUGUCAUUCGUACGGGGUAUUGUUCAAAUCGUCGUGUUCACUAGCCACGACGACCUCGUAUUUAAUUCGUAUGCUGAUUUUCAAGGUUAAACGGGGGUACAGAACGAACAGUUCGAAGUUUUUGUGGAAAUUGUAUCGUUCGAGUGAACGCGGAUACGUAGAUUGACGUGACUUUUAUGUGAGUGGCUUAAAAUGAUAAUGGCUUCACUCCUAUCUCGAAGUUCUCGAGAAAAAGAAGCUGUUGUGAAACGUUCUUGGAUUAAUUAAAUACUAAGAUCGUAUUGUUGUUAAUAAUUGCUGUUUCUUGUUAAUAUUGAUAAUUGUAGAAAAAAGGUAUAUUAUUAUUUUAAAGGUAAUAUUAAUAUAUGAUAUAUUAAUAAUAUACAAAAUUUGUGAAAUGUCCUUGAAUUAAUUAAAUACUAAUAUUACAAUUACUAGUAUUAGUAAUUAAUAUUAUUAAUUAGACCACUGAUGUUCUAAACCAUUCAUGAGGAGGGUACAGAAGGUAAACAAUAGCAAGUUAUAUUUUCAUCGUAAAGAUUUCAAGAGUGUAUUUAUUAUUAAAAUUUUCAAUUGGUAAUCCGAUUAUUCUUAAUCCUUUGUUUUAGUUUUACAUUUAUUUUAUAAUUAUAGUAAUCCUCGGUGCUUAAAGCAUAAUUUUCCGAGGAAUGUCCCAAUUGUUCUAUUACACCCGAUAAUAAAUCAAUCGAUCAUAGUUUUAAUGACGAAAACUCCUUCGAACUAUACGAAGCAAAAAUGUAAUGCACGCUGAUUAAAUUCUGAGCCCUCGGCACAAGAAAUAACUCGGAGGAGAUAAGUGGCGAAGGAAAUAAGAAAAAACUGAGCGUUGAAUGUCAAUGAAUGAAUUAAAAUUCAUUGGAAAAUAAAAAAGAAAUUAAAUGGUAUUGAUUAUUUUAUAGUUCUUGGGAGUUUAUGUAUCGGCAUGAAUGUACGUAUGAGAAUGGUAUGUGUGGAUAUUUCUCGAACGUGUUUAUAAUUAAAUAGCUUGGUGAGCAUACAUACCCUUUGGCGACGAGCAGUCUCAGCACAUCUAUGUGACCUUCAAAGGCUGCCCAUAAUGUGGGGGUCAUUCCUCCGUCAUCCCGUGCGUUACAAUCCUUUUUCGUAGCUUCUUUUAAGAUGUCCAAGGCGCCGUCGCGUGCAGCUCUAUACGAAAAACGAUUAUUUUCAAAUUACCCGCGAUUAUACAUUCGAGUUUAUUGAAAGAACCUUUGGAUUUGGUCGAAUAUAUUUACGUUUGUUUCGGAAUGCGCAAGUAACGUACAACAAACCAUGUUCGGCUGAAUAAUGUAGGAAUUACAAAUGCACGUUCGAAUCGGCUAAAUAAUGUAGAAAUUACAAAUAAGAGACGUCGACGAAUUUAUACUCUGUACAUUGAUUUGAUGAAAUUGUACGCAACGAUAUGGAAUUGAAAAAUUUGCAAUGGUUCAUGUAUGUUUAACUCUCCUCUGAACUAGAUCCAAUCUAGGUGUAUAUUUCUGUAUUUCUAUUAACAACUUUGUUUUCUUCCGUUGAAAAUUUAAAAUAGUUUUCGCGUUUUUCAUUCUUCGAAUCCUUUUUCAUUGAUUCGUAUUUUAGAAAGUAUAAAUUUUAAAUAUCAUAAUUUUAACAAUAGCGAAAUUGCGCACAGAAAAAUUAAGAAGCGAUAUCCCGAAAAUGAUUUAGUCUGUUCAUAAUAAUAGCAUCGUUUAUUUAAUGCGAGAGUUAUUUGUGUUAUGGAUACUUAUCGAUGGAUCAAAUAAUGUUAGCCCAACGAGUGGCUGUAAAUGAGAAAAGAGAGCAAUAAGUUAGAGAAAGUAUGUACAAAGUUUUAACGAGUUCAUCGCAUGAUAAUUUUCUCCUUGUUACAAAUCAUUUGCCGUGAACGUCUCUUGACAAUUUUGCGUUAUAGGCAUUGAAUUAGCUCCGAUGAAAGUGUAAAUAGAAUGCAACAUGCUAAUGAUAUUAAAUGAAGUGUGAACUAUCGUGCAUGCAAAACCAUUACGAUGGUAUUUCGAAAAUUAUAUUCGCAGAAGUUAUAAU